AUGCGUGAUUCGAAUCCGAAAUCCAAAGUCGUCAGCACUGCUAGAGAUCCCGCCAGGAGCGGUCGGUGGUACCGAAUUGACGCAGCCGCGUACAUGAACGAAUACAAAUCGAAACUAAUCAAAUUUUUGACGAACAGCAGCCCGUGGUGUCACUCGGGCACUCGGUCAACAGAGGGUGACAAAACUCAGUGCCUUUCACGCGCCGUGACAGGCGCCAUUGCGUACACACCAUCCUCACAGCGACCCUCUCGCUGGAGCUGGCGAUGGGCGACAGCCGCCGGCCGGUCGGUCGGACAGAAAACUCCUCGCUACCUCAACGACGCCUCGGCUCCGUCAUCCACAGACGCACCGCACGAUGACCCUUAUGAUGAGUUCGCGAGGACCGCUGCCGGCUCGGCCGAUACGCCACACCGCCUUCUUCUGACCCCUCGUCCUUCAUGUGCUGGCAGCGUGAAGUGCCACUUGCCUAAUGGAUCUCAGAAUGUCAGAUGGACCGUAGAGCCGCCGCGCGAAUCGCCCCUCGUCAAAUCCUGA